AUGUCUCCUUUCACGCCAAGCCAAAUCCACAGUCAAUGGGCCUUCCCUCCUCCUCCCCAGGACAUCCCCAGGAACUGUGAGCGCUACCUGAACUGGGCCCACGCCUUCCUUGUGGUGUACAGUGUCGACAGCCGCCAGAGCUUCGAGGGCAGCAGCAGCUACCUGGAGCUGCUCGCUUUGCACACCAAGGAGACACAGCGCGGCUCCCCUGCUCUGUUGCUGGGCAAUAAGCUGGACAUGGCCCAGUACAGGCAAGUCACCACGGCAGAGGGCGCGGCGUUGGCAGGCAGGUUCGGGUGCCUGUUUUUCGAGGUCUCUGCCUGCCUGGACUUCGAGCACGUGCAGCAUGUCUUCCACGAGGCAGUACGGGAGGCCCGGCGGGAGCUAGAGAGAAGCCCCCUAGCCCGGCCCCUCUUCAUCUCUGAGGAGAGGACGCUGCCCCACCAGGCCCCGCUCACUGCCCGGCAUGGGCUGGCAAGCUGCACCUUCAACACACUCUCCACUGUCAGCCUGAAGGAGAUGCCCACCGUGGCCCAGGCCAAGCUGGUCACUGUGAAGUCAUCCCGGGCCCAGAGCAAGCGCAAGGCACCCACCCUGACCCUACUGAAGGGCUUCAAGAUCUUCUGAGGGCUCCUUGUCAGGAACCUCGGACUUGGUGGCAGAGUAGGGCAGAGAAACAGGGGCUGGUUUGUCAACACUGGUCUUGCCCUCUAAUGGACAACUGACCCCACCUCCAGCACUGAGCAGUGUCCCUACACUCAAUUCACUGUGUGAGCUGGACAGACAGGCAGGGAUGCUGCUGUUGUUCCCUCCAGGCCUCAGUCUCCAUGGUAACCACUGCAUCUGUGACCCUGGAGGGAAACAGCCAUUGUGACAAUCCAGAGUCCUGGGGUCAGCCUUAAGCAGGAAGAAAUUGCAGUGUCCAUCCUGCUGCCAUCACCCCUUCCUGCUCCAGCUACCGCUGGGCCAGCUGUGGCCCCUAGUGGAUGGCUCUGGGUGGACAGCUCUGAGAGGCUCAGUCAAUUUGUAGGCCUGAGAACAGCCCACGGGAGGGAGGUCCCUGAGGUCCUCGCGCCACCUGGUGGACGGGAAGGACAGGGCAGCUGUGGGUUUCCGAGGCCGGAGCCUGGCCCUCCUGUCCUCU